UACCAAACAAGCUCAUCAGUUUUUGCUACAUACAGCAUCCGAUCACCUGGGUGGAAGGAUUUUUUUGUCUUUGAGUAGAAACCAAGAACCAAACCAACACAUCAAGAUGGGAAAGAUCCUAUUUGGAAUCAUUGCAGCUGUUGCAUCUUUCAUGCUGGUUGAAUCCCUGACCUGCAACCAGUGCAAGUAUGGUCUGCUGGGCUUCUGCUUAAGCAACAGUCAAGUGACCUGCUCAACCAACACCAGUGUCUGCUUUACUGGAAAAGCAAGUUUCACCUCACUAGCCUCUGUGGGCUUCAACACCCAGGGGUGCCAGGAGCUUGCUGGCUGCAACACAACCACCAACGGCACCCUGCUGAAUGUUCCAUACACGAUCACAGUCAGCUGUUGCUCAUCAAACAACUGCAACCCCGUCCAGGUCAGCGGUGCCCCAUCGACCAAGAUGACCCUCACCGCUGCCAUUGGUGUAGCUGCCCUGGCCUCCAUGUGGGGCAGCAUUCUGUUUGAGCCCCUCUCCUGUUACACCUGUGAUGAGGGGAUCCUCGGCACCUGCUUCCUCAAGGCUACUGUAAAUUGCACCAAAGCUCAUGACAGGUGCUUCACUGCAGUAGCCAAGUUUAGUGCCGACCUGUUGGAUAUCCAUGAACGAGGCUGUAUAGAAAAUUCCAACUGCGUAAACGAUAAUGGAACCAUCCUGACUGUUAAGUACACCAUCACCAGGACCUGCUGCAGCACCAACCUGUGUAACGGAGCUUCCUCCAUCCAGCUGCCUCUCACUGCAGCUCUGGGUGCUGCUCUGGUGGCAGUUUGGAACCAGUGGGCCCUUUAA